ACCCUAGGAAAGAGGAAACACGACAGAAGCCUUGCGCAUUUUUUCCUUUGCUAGGGCUUUACAUCUUCACGUAGUAUCCAAGUAGAGACAGAGAGAGAGAGGCGCUACUUCGUCCUUGUUUCACAAAGAUGCCGAAGUCCAAGCGUAACAAAGCAGUUACAUUGUCAAAGACAAAGAAGAAAGGAAGGGAUCAUAAAGAAUCCAUUGUGAAUUCGAUAAGAGAGGCUGUGGAAAAGUACUCUUCAGUUUAUGUUUUCUCUUUCGAAAACAUGAGAAAUCUGAAAUUUAAGCAGUUCAGAGAGCAGCUUAAAUCGUCUAGCAGAUUUUUCCUUGGGUCAAACAAAGUCAUGCAGGUUUCUCUAGGUCGGUCUAUUGCUGAUGAGAUCAGACCGGGUCUUCACAAAAUUUCUAAGCUUUUGCGUGGAGAUUCUGGCAUUUGUUUCACUAAUUUACCUAAAGAAGAGGUCCAAAGGUUGUUUAGUCAAUAUGAAGAAUAUGACUUUGCAAGGACCGGGAGUGUUGCAACUGAAAAGGUAGAGCUCAAGGAAGGUCCUCUGGAGCAAUUCACGCAUGAGAUGGAGCCGUUCUUGCGCAAGCAAGGGAUGCCUGUUAGGUUGAACAGAGGUGUGGUGGAGCUUGUUUCAGACUUCGUUGUCUGUGAGGAGGGGGCACCACUGUCUCCUGAGUCAUCUCGCAUACUGCGUCUGCUCGGUAUGAAGAUGGCCACCUUUCGACUUCACUUAAUAUGCAGAUGGAGUCCUGAAGAUUUUGAAGUUUAUAAGGAAGGGCUGGACUUUUCAGAUAUCGAGUCUUCAUAGUAUGCUUUUGAGGAGGUUCCAUGCUGGUUACUGCUUGCUUUAUAAAAAGUAAUACAACAGUGGUUGCGUAUGGAAUUUUCCCAGCUCUUCUGGGUUGUUGAAGUCAUGUGUUACCUGUUUCUAUUUUUCAGCCUUUGUUUGAAAGCUGUUGUACUAAAAGAGUGCAUGUUUUCCGGCUCCACUUUCUUUAAGAUGGAGAUUUUGCGUCAACAGAUUUGUGUAAUAGAAUUUCUAAAAGUUUUUGAAGAGUUAUUUUGCUGCUUAUUAUUAUUAUUAUUUUGGCUAUCCUGGACGCCAUGUUGUAAUUCUCUUUUGAUCAUUAGCAACAAGGUUGAAAAAGUAACUGUUUUAAGUU